CGUGCAUAUAACACAACUAUUUGGGUGGGUUGUCUCUCUUUCCCCCUCAUCCCUCGCUCUCUCUCUUUCUGAUGUGAGAAAUUUACAGAACGGGAAAAGAGACAUUGUAAAACUGUGUCACUCUAAACUGGGUGAAGUGCUGAUUAUAGCUAAACUUCAAGUACAAAGCAGCCAUCUUUGGCUUCUUGCAGUUGCGGAUAUCUUUCUCUAUUCAUUUUCUUGGUGGGCACAGCAUUUUACCCACGCUUCCUUGGAUUAUGCGCAAAAAUCGAUCUUGAUUGGUUCUUUGUGAAGUGGAUUAGGCAUCAUCCCAUUCUCGCCCAUACCCAGAUUCAACUCAUCAAACACUUUUCUUCAACCAAAUUUCAGGUGACCUUUUUAGCUCUGCAAAGAAAAAAUAAUUAACUAAAAAGGGAUAUGCUUGCUGCCCCCCACUGUGAAGAUGCUGUUCUCUGUUGCAGUCCCCACCUUGAAGUUCAUAUAAAAGAUUGCUUCUGCUGAAGAAUUAUACUCCCCAUACUUAUGAGAGCAGGGCAAUUCAAAGUUAUUCAAUUGGAGUAGAGAUCAUGGAAACAUAAAUCUUGAAGUUUCAAAGGUGAAGCUCAUUGUUGCCAGCCAAGAUGAAGUUUAUGAAACUUGGAUCCAAACCUGAUUGCUUUCACUCAGCUGGAAACAAUGUCAGGUAUAUUGCUUCUGAGUUGGCUUCUGACAUUAUCAUUUUCGUUGGAGAUAUAAAGUUUUACUUGCAUAAGUUCCCUCUUCUUUCCAAGAGUUCUCGUUUGCAAAAACUCAUCGCAAAGUCUGUUGAAGGAAGCAGUGAAAUCCACAUUGAAGACAUCCCUGGAGGGCCUGCGGCAUUUGAAAUAUGUGCCAAGUUCUGUUAUGGUGUCACCGUUACACUGAAUGCUUACAAUGUGAUUGCAGCCCGUUGUGCUUCCGAGUAUUUAGGAAUGAAUGAGAACACCGAAAAAGGAAACCUUAUUUACAAGAUUGAUGUUUUCCUCCACUCCAGCAUUUUCAGGAGUUGGAAAGAUUCCAUAAUCUCUCUUCAGAGCAUGAAGUCUCCUCUUUUUCCUUUGUGUGAGGAGCUGAAGCUGGUCAGCCAUUGCAUUGACUCUAUAGCUUCCAAGGCAUCUGCUGAUGUGUCAAAGGUUGACUGGUCGUACACCUAUAACCGAUCUAAGGUAUCAGAGGAAAUUGGUUUGAGAAGCCGAAUAGUGCCAAAAGAUUGGUGGGUGGAGGAUCUGUCGGAGCUUGAAGUUGAUUUAUAUAAACAGGUUAUUGUCAAUAUCAAGAAAAAAGGACUAGUUCCUAAUGAAGUCAUUGGAGAAGCUCUAAAAACUUAUGCGUCAAAAAGGCUGCAAGGGUAUCAUGAUAUUGGUACUGAAAUUGAUGCUUCCAAAUAUCGAUCUGUAUUGGAUGCAAUUUUGUUGCUUUUACCCACAGAGAAAGGCAGCGUCUCAACCAAUUUCUUGUUUAAGCUGUUAAAAGCGUACAUUUCGGUUGAGGCAGGAGAAAUGGAGAAGAAGGAACUGAUUAAAAGAAUAAGUCGCCAACUGGAGGAGGCUUCUGUUAAUGAUCUUCUGAUUCGAACCUCAGAUGGGGAAACUGCAUCCCCUAUGUACAAUGUCGAUGUAGUCCAGAAAAUACUAAGCGAGUUCAUGAUGUCCAAUGAGGAGGACUGUGGGACCAAAUCAGAGGUCUGUGAUGAGAUUCAGAAUGUCAAGAAGCCAGUGGGGGUUUUGAAUGAAGCUUCGAAGCUGAUGGUGGCAAAGUUAGUAGACGGUUACCUUGCUGAGAUCGCGAAAGAUCCCAAUCUGACAUCAUCAUCAUUUGUUGGUGUGGCAGAGAUGGUGGCUGGUUUUCCCCGACCUGCUCAUGAUGGACUAUAUCGAGCUAUUGACAUGUACCUUAAGCAACAUCCAGGGAUUAAUAAGAGUGAGAAGAAGAGAAUAUGUAGAUUAAUGGACUGCAAGAAGCUCUCUGCAGAUGCUUGCAUGCAUGCAAUUCAAAAUGAGAGACUCCCUUCACGUGUGGUUGUCCAGGUCCUGUUUUUCGAGCAAGUCAGGGCCGCUCAUAAUACUUCUUCUUCCGGAAGCACCACUCCUGAACUCCCCCACCCCACCAAACCAGUCACAUCUGCAUCUUAUGGCAGCUCUCGUUCUGCAACCACCACAGAAGAAGACUGGGAUGCUGCGGGCUCUGCCGAGGAGCUCAGGGCUUUGAGGAGUGAACUGGCAGCUUUGAAACUGGAGAACGCUGACAAGGCUGCCACCAUGGGUAAAAUGAAAGGUUUGGUAGUUUCAAAAAAGGUCUUCUCCAAGAUCUGGUCUUUUAAAGGCGGACAUGGCGGUAGUGGGGAGAACAGUGGUUCAGAUUCGUCCGAAAGUCUGGGGUGUACCACCAACAUGGAAGAAGCAAAAUCCUCCACCUCUUCAAGGAAGACAAAGCAUUCGCUUACUUAGCCCUAUCAACACUAGUAGAUGGUCUAUUUUGGUGGGUAUUAGCAAGUCCAAGGAUGUCAAGUGUAGUUCUAACAACAACCUUUUCCGAUUGUACCGUCUAUAUUUACCGGAUGCCUAAUAUCAUUUGACGUUUCACUAUUUUUUGCUUUUCUUGUCUCUGAAGUUCACAUGAAACAAAUGUAGAGGAUAAUCAUAGAUGAACUGUCGCUUCCAUACCCUUUGAUUGACCUUUUCCAGGUGUAGUUUGAGUUUAACCACUAGCUAAUAUGCAAGGAACUGAAUGUAUAUCUUUCAAGGAAGAUCGUUGUAGUUCAUGGCCAAAAGUUAUUAAACUUUUAUGUUCAGCA